AUGAGUUCGCAUCAAUCUGCGAUCACACUUGUCCAGAAAAAAGGAGCGCUCGUUCCACAAAGAUCCGAACGGAAAUCCACAUUAGAAGCGAAUGGUUAUACCCUUGGAAAAACCUUAGGCGAGGGAGCGUAUGCUAAAGUUAAGUUAGCUAUCUCUUCAAAACAAAAUUGCCAUGUUGCUGUGAAGAUUAUUAACAAGCGUCGUGCGACCAAAGAAUAUCUGGCUAAAUUUUUACCACGAGAAAUUCAAGUACUUCAGAGAUUGAAACAUCCAUAUGUGGUAAGAAGUAGAGGAUAUUACACGGCGGCGCUUUGGCGGCGCGAAGAUAUGACUUUUUUCUCCGAGUGGUCAGUGGUGAAAACAAUAUUUUACGAGUGAGUAAAAUAUUGUUUUUAACACGAGAAGAAAAAAGUCGUAUCUUCAAGCCACCGUGUAAUGUUCUGUUUAUUAUAGUCCCAAGUACCCUGGUUCCAGAGGUUUAAAAUAAACCUCUGGUUGAAAGCGGCAAUUGAUUCAUCGAGCCGCGCCAAUCAGUUUGAAUUAGGGUCAGAUCCUGACUCUGUCUCCUGAUUGGAUGAUUGUAUUAAAGCUCUCUGAUUGGUUAUAGAUGUUUUAUUUGAAUCAAUCAGAGAGCUUUAAUACAAUCAUCCAAUCAGGAGACAGAGUCAGGAUCUGACCCUAAUUCAGACUGAUUGGCGCGGCUCGAUGAAUCAAUUGCCGCUUUCAACCAGAGGUUUAUUUCUCCUCUCCCCUUCGCAAUGAAAAUAAUAAAAAUAAACCUCUGGAACCAGGGUAAGUCCCAAGCAAAAAAUGGUGAAAUUUCACGCUUAAAACCAAAUUGGAAAAAGUUACGUGAUCGAUAUCUUCACUAGUGAAGAUAUGGAAAAUAUCUCACUGUGUAUUUUUCAGUAUCUCACUCUCUACUAUAUAAAUAGCGAACAUGUAUUGUCGUGAAAGCUGGAUGGCUAUUGACCUGCAUGGAAUUAGUUGUAUGAAGGUUGGAUGGGGCUGUUUGAUAACGGGCGUAAAUGCAUUAUUAUUGCUGGUUACCCAGCAGUUUUCAUAACGACUCUGUUAUACCAUUACAUAUUACAAUAACAAUCAUGCACUAAUAGGUCCUAGACAUAGAAAUAUUUUGGAGCGUUUGAUUCUUCUGCAGACGUCUCUUAUUUAGAGCUUUACUAAAGUUAGAGAAUGAAAAGUAAUAGUCCUAAAAGAUUUAUCAACAGACACUGGAAUGAAAUGUCCUGAGUUUCCUUUGCACUUGGUGUUGUAAUAUCAUAGAGAGCUGUCUGUUUUAGAAAGAGAGGUGUUCGUAUUAGAGAGGUUUCCGUAUUCCGUAUUAGAGAGGUGUCUGUAUUAGAGAGGUGACCUUAUUAGAGAUGUGUCUGUAUUAGAGAGGUGUCUGUAUUAGAGAGGUGUCUGUACUAUAGCGAGGUUUCCGUAUUAGAAAUCAAAAUAUUCUGGGCAUUGGUCUUGAAUCACUUUGUGUAACAAAUCAAUGUUUCUCUAUUCACAAGACGAAAUUCUACGAAGUCAUUGAAACCCAGUCGAAGGUCUACCUUAUCAUGGAAUACGUGGAGAAAGGCGACCUACUAGAAUACCUCAACAGCAGCGAAAACUUAUCUGAAGAGGAGAUACGCGGACUAUUUCAACAGCUAGUGUUAAGUGUAGGGUAUUGUCACAAGGAGAAAGUUGUUCAUCGUGAUAUCAAGUGCGAGAAUAUACUGCUUGAUAACAAAGGACGUCUCAAGAUAACUGGUGAGAAAGUCUAUAUAUAAGACUUAAAAUCAAGAUAAAAUUUUAUAUGGCUAUAUUUCGAUUGUAUUUCGAAGCCUUCUUCACACCAAAUAAUUAAAUUAAAUUUAACGCGAUUUACUUAGUCUGAAGAAGGCUUCGAAAUCAUAUCUUGGAUUUUCAAAAGAUGCAUCUCUUCGGAACUGGUUUUAUUUUAGUAUUUUUUUCAAAUAUAAUUUUUUCCCUUUAUUUUUGUUCGGGGAUAGUCCAAACCAUAAAUUAAAUCUGUAACAAGCCUGUUCUCUAUAGCCAUAUGAGUCACGAUUUAGGAACAGUUACUAUUUUUAGACUCUUAAGCUGGUUACAGACGAAGAAGUUUUCUAUGACAAGUUUUUAUGUGACAAGUUUUAUUUGCCAAGUGCACGUAUGUAUAUGCAACAAAUUUUAUAUGACAAGUUUGCAUAUGACAAGUUUUAUUUACUGGUGUGAACCUAUGGUGUUAACGUGUCAACAAGUUUACUUUGACAAUUUAUUAGUGGCCAGCAAUGUAAUACUACAGCGGACCACGCGAGCGCUAGCCAAUCACAACAAAUGCCAGAUCAGAUUACUUUGACAAGUUUUCUUUGUUGACCCAUACAGACGAACAAAACUAUUUGUAUACUUUGACAAUUUUUUCUAUAUGACAAGUGCACUUGUUCAAAAGCUAGCAUGCUAGCUUUUGAACAAGUGCACUUGUCAUAGAAAAAAAUGUCAAAGUUGCGCGUUCAGACGAGCAAAUAAAACUUGUCACAUAAAAACUUGUCAUAGAAAACUUGCUCAUCUGUAACCGGCUUUAGGAUUAGGAAAAGGGUUAGGACUAGAGUUAAUAUUAAGAUUAGGGUUAGGAUUAGAAUAAGGGUUAGGGUUAAGUUUAAAAUACAAAUGCAUACAAAAUUACAAAAGUCUAAAAAUAGUAACCCUUCCUAAAACCUGACAAGUAUAUCUUCUACAGCACUAAUUUAUUGGGGUAUAUCCCCUUUUCUUAGACUUUGGUUUUGCGACAAGCACAUACAAGAACAAGCCAUUAGAGACAUUCUGUGGUUCAUUCGCCUACGCGUGUCCUCAGAUCUUGCGAGGUGAGAAAUAUGAUGGAAUGGCAGCAGACGUAUGGAGUAUUGGUGUAGUGUUGUAUGCAUUGUGCUGUUCAAGAUUACCUUAUGGUGAUGAUGAACUCAAGUUGUUUGUCAAGAAUGAAACACCCAAGAAAUUGAUGUUCACGAAAAAUGUCACCAAAGGUAGACGAUGA